CAUAUUUAUUCAUGCCGGCAAGAUGGCGGCGACACGGUCGGGGUGUUAUUACCAGCUGACUUAAAAAAGAGAUUUUAUUCAAAAUAGAAAACCGAAUCAAACAUUUGUAGAGUUUUUUUUCGUAUCGUAUGUGUAAUUAUUAUGUAACUAAAGUCGAGUUUAUUGAAUUUUCUAAUCUGUUUUCUAACAAAAUGUUCACGUUGUAAGUUGUUCCCUGACCGACUAGCUAGCUAACGGAGCAUAACUAGCUGCUACCAGGCGAGCCGCCGUGAAGUAGAAUGGGAGAAAAGCUGGAGCUGAAGCUCAAAUCGCCGGUUGGAGCAGAGCCUGCUGGGUAUCCGUGGCCGUUACCAGUCUACGAUAAACACCAUGAUGCUGCUCAUGAAAUCAUCGAGACCAUUCGGUGGGUGUGUGAGGAGAUCCCAGACCUCAAACUGGCCAUGGAGAACUACGUCCUCAUUGACUACGACACCAAGAGCUUCGAGAGCAUGCAGAGGUUGUGUGAUAAAUACAACAGGGCCAUUGACAGCAUCCACCAGCUGUGGAAGGGGACCACCCAGCCCAUGAAGCUGAACAAACGUCCCUCCAACGGGCUGCUGAGACACAUCCUGCAGCAGGUUUACAACCACUCAGUGACUGAUCCAGAAAAGCUCAACAAUUAUGAGCCUUUUUCUCCCGAGGUUUACGGAGAAACCUCCUUCGACCUGGUGGCUCAGAUCAUUGAUGAGAUAGACAUGAUGGAGGACGACACUUUUGUUGACCUCGGAAGUGGAGUGGGACAGGUGGUGCUGCAGGUCGCAGCAGCAACCAACUGUAAACACUACUAUGGCAUAGAGAAAGCAGACAUUCCAGCUACGUAUGCAGAGACCAUGGACAAAGAGUUUAAGAAGUGGAUGAAAUGGUAUGGAAAGAAGCACGGGGAGUACACACUGGAGAGAGGAGAUUUUCUUUCUGAAGAGUGGAAAGAAAGGAUCGCCAACACAAGUAUUAUUUUUGUGAAUAACUUUGCCUUUGGUCCGGAGGUCGACCACCAGCUGAAGGAACGCUUUGCUAACAUGAAGGAAGGGGGGAAAAUCGUGUCCUCCAAACCUUUUGCACCUUUAAAUUUUAGAAUCAACAGCAGAAACUUGAGCGAUAUUGGCACAAUAAUGCGUGUGGUGGAGCUUUCUCCACUCAGGGGCUCUGUGUCCUGGACAGGGAAGCCUGUUUCCUACUACCUGCAUACCAUAGACCGCACCAUACUUGAAAACUAUUUUGCUAGUCUCAAAAAUCCUAAACUCAGGGAGGAGCAGGAGGCAGCUAGACGACGUCAACAGAAGGACACAAAAGACAGUAAAAGCAAUAGCACCACUCCGACCAAAUCCAAGGAGCAAAACAAGCAGGACUCUUGCGGGGAGGAGGAGCGCUCCAGCUUAGUCACGCUGGUCAAACCCUCUGCCAAACCCAGAAGAACCCGUCUCUUAUCCAAAGGUCGCAAACUAAACAAUAAGAAACGUGGUCGGCCCAAGAAAGCCCCCCCUGCUGUGGAGAAGAACAAGAAAAACCAGAGCGCCUUGGACUUGCUGCACGCCAAAACCCUUUGUGCAGCACCAGCUCAGGAUUCCUACCGGCCGGCCCACAGCCCCUUCUACCAGCUACCUCCCAAGGUCCAGCACUAUAUGCCCAGUCAACUGCUGCUGAGUCCAACUCCCCCCGGUCUGCAGCAGCUGCUGGAUAACAUCAAAGUUCAGUACCUCCAGUUCAUGAGCUACAUGAAGACUCCUCAGUACCGCUCCAACCUGCAGCAGCUUUUGGAGGAGGAGAAGCAAAAACACAGGGACUUGUCGGGUCAAGCGGAGCAGCUGCAUCUGGUCUGCCAGUCUCACAAGGACAAGAUCAAGAGUCUGUUUCAGACCAAGCUGGACGAGCUUGGUGUGAAAGCUCUGACCGUGGAGGACCUUCUUCAGGCUCAGAAGGAGAUAUCUGCCCACAACCGGCAGCUGAAAGAGCAGACCAAGCAGCUUGAGAGGGACAUGGUCCUGCUGAGGGACCACAGCCUGCUGCUGCUGAAGUCUCGGUGUGAGGAGCUGAAGCUGGACUGGGGCUCUCUGUGUCUGGAGAGCCUGUUGAAGGAAAAGCAGGCUCUGCGCCGACAGAUCUCUGAAAAGCAGAAACACUGCCUGGAGCUGCAGAUCAGCAUUGUGGAGCUGGAAAAAAGCCAGCGGCAGCAGGAGCUGCUUCAGCUGAAGUCGUACAGCCCCUGUGAGGGCUCUCUGUACAGAAAGAGCCUGGACCCCCGCGCGUCCGGGGACAUGGACUCCUUUAAGAUGGGCCUGUCUUCAACUUCCGCCCUCAAUGGCGUCGGUCCCGAGCUCUCCAUGAACGGCACCGGCUCUCCGGUUUUUGACCGAGCUAACUCUAAGGGUGAGCUUUCUCGCUACCUUCCCAUCUCUCCAGACCACGAGGUUGUACCUGCAACCCCUGAUGCACGGCAGCGGCAGCAAGGCUCCUCUCACAGCCUGCCUGAUUACACGCGCUUUUCCCCCGCCAAGAUUGCCUUGCGGAGGCAUCUGAACCAGGAUCCCUCCGCUCACCUGAGAGGUCCAGGACUGAACAUGCACAGGGAUCAGGGGGGUGUUAACUCCCCUCUUGGAGCCAAACAGAACUGCCCCUCUCCCAACAUAAGUGAUGCUCAGAGUAACCCCAGGAGUUUUGAGAGGGUCAAGGAGAAGAGUCCGUCAGUUCAGGGGGACAGCAUCACGAGCCUUCCAAUCAGCAUCCCCCUGAGCACGGUACACCCAAGUAAAUUACCCGUCAGCAUCCCGCUGGCCAGUGUGGUGCUGCCCAGUCGUGCUGAGAGACUCAGAAGUACUCCGAGCCCUGUGUCUUACAGUGGUCAGAGCAAUGGAUACUCCUCAGGCUCAGGGCUAAUGAACGGAGGCCUCCACUUCGAAGACUACAAUGGUGCUACUUCAUCCUCCCCUUUGAACGGCAGCACUUCCAUGAUGGGACCUCUGGCCAGAGGAGGUCCCGGCCAUAGUCCUCCUCUCAGCACCGGGGGGGUGCUGCAGUAUGCUGAUGGCCCUUCACGGGUUCCUGCAGCAGAUGGACCAGAACAGCAGGGAGGAGACUCUGACAUGGAGCCACAGGACUGUGAACUACGGCGGAGGAUGUUCUUCUCUUCCUCCUCUUCAUCUUCCUCUUCUUCAGGCUGCGGAGGUUCACGGUUCCAUCUUCAAAGUGGGAACGCAGCCAAGCAGGGACACUACAGUAACCAUGGAAACCACCAGCCCUCCAACUCGCAGCACGUGCACAUGGCCACACAUGUGUCAUCGUCGCACUCCAGCCACAAUGCCGCCUCUCAGGAGGGACGCAGGCGGGGUAGGCGGAAGCGCAGCUCUGCAGGGCCAGCGCCUGCAGCCGGCGGCUCCCCAAAGAGGAGGUCAUUCCCCGGGAUCAGCUCCAGCAACCACUCCUCAGGAUCUCCUCUCAACAUCAACUCCAUGGUCAGCAACAUCAACCAGCCUCUGGAGAUCUCUGCCAUCUCCUCCCCUGAACAAUCCAGCCGCAGCCCCAAUGGCCCUGACCUCGACCAGCCCCCCAUCCUGAAGAGAGAGCGCCCCCUAGAGCUGAAUGGCACUGGGCGAUACUCAACAACCCCCAGCUCCGAUGAUGAGGAUUCUGGGUGUCCUGCUGACAGCUCCAGUUCGAGAAUUGAAAGAAAAAUUGCCACCAUCUCUCUGGAGAAUGGACCAUGUAGACCAGGCGAUGGAGAACGAGGCAGGAAGUCCAGCAGCAGCAGCGGGAACAGCAGUGAAGCUUCCUCCUCCUCCAUGUCCUCUAACAGCAAAUGGAAAUCAACCUUCUCCCCCAUUUCUGAUCCCAAGCAGCCCAACUCUGACCUGAGACAGGGAGGUUCCCCUUUUGGCAUGGGGGGGUCAAGCCGGAGCACAGACUCUGAUUCGGAUCAUAAACCGUCGGGGAGGAAGGGGAGUGACGGAGAGUCUUCUGGAUAUGUGACCCCCAACCCUUUCCUUAAUCAGGAACCAGUGUCACGGGGGGGUGUCCCCAGCGCUGGGGGGAUUCAGGGGGCUGGUGGGUCAGACCCACGGCAGGUCCUUCAGAAGGUGAAAAGUUCUCGUGAGUGGGAGCUGAAGAGCAUGGCCAGUCCAAACCUCUUCAUCUCAGCUGCUGCCAGCAGUGGGGGGGGGAUCCUGAGUGGGAAGGUGGGCGUCGGCCCUGUAGGGGUUUCCUCCCCCUCUUCUGUGGGACAGUACCUGGGGUCUCAGUUCCCGCUGGGGGGGGCAUCCGUCCUGCAGUCCCUAUUUGGGGCUCAGACAGGUAUCUCCUCCGUCAACGGGACGUCCCGGCUCGUGAACGGACACUCGGCCCUCGGAGGUUUCUCCAGCGCCGGGCUGGCGGGCGGAGCCGCAGGAGGUAUAUUUCACCACAUGGUCCCCCCAGUGUCCUCCCAUCAGUUUGGGGCAAUGCUGCCCCCCUCUGGAGGCCUCAGCUCUCUGCUCAGUCUCUCUUCCUCUUCCUCCUCCCCCGAAACCCAUCAUCACGCCACCUCUCAGCCAGCCCCCACACGCCUGACCUCCGUGCCCUCCUCCCUCCCUCUCGCUCACACCCAGCAAAGUCGCACACAGUCCGUUUUGCACACUUCAUCUCCCCCCACCCUCUCUCUGCCCCCUCUGCCCCCCCUGCACAGCGUUCCCUCCUCCUCAGCAUCCACUCACCCCGACCCCCCAGCAUCCUCUUGGUCAGACUCGCGUCAGCACCAGAGAUCCCAGUCCCUCCCCCUUUCCACGUCCUCCCCUGCCCUUUCUGCGCCCCCGGGUGCCGCCCCCCUCUCCUCUUCUUCCUCCUCUUUGCCCACCACCUCCUCCUCAUUGCGUCCAUUUGCAGUGCACUACUCUCCCCGACUGCCUCCUCCACCACCUAGCAGCAGUUCGGGUGGUGGGAGCAUGUGGAGGACUCAGGGCAUGCAUGGCGCCCAACCCCCCUCCCAGCUCCCCGCCUCCCGGCCUAGAUAGGGGUUUGGGUGUGAGGGGAAGGGGGGAGGAUUGACAGGGAGGGGUUGGUCAGAGGAUGCCUGUUUUCUUCAUCCAGCUGUUGUUCUGAUGAAGAAGGUAACUGAUGGAAACUACCUCAGUAACAAACUACGCAACAGUCCCAAGUGUGGACCAAGACACUUCUGACCCGCUGGUGCUUCAGACGUCUGCACGACCUGUACUACACACUGAGAUACACACACUGACACACACAGAGAUACACACGCUGACACACACAGAGAUACACACACUGACACACACACAGGGAAAACCUGUUUGUCCAUAACCAGCAGGAACUACUGGACUCCUCUUUUUUUUGUUGCUUUGUGAUGGUUUGUGUGCUUGUGUGCGUAACCCGUACUGUGAAUGUGGUUCAUUCUGGCUGUAAAUUAAUGUAUUUAUGCCGUCAGUCUGUCGGGUCGGUUUUUCUGUUGACAGUGGGAUUCAAACAUGCGUGAACUCGCAGUCGGACCACUCUGGUGCUACGUCCGGACUGUGCCUGAACUUAUUUAUUCCUAAAAAGGCUUCAGGAGAGCGCCUUUGCAUCCUCGGUGCUGUUCACAGGGACGUACGGAAGCCUCUGUGGAUCAUUCUCAAUAAUCGAAGGCGCUGUUGUAUGCGUGCGUGCACGUGUAGCCGUCUUCUGGUGGAACCGUUCUCCAGCCGGAGCUCAUGAGCAGAGAACGUCUCCAGUCAGAAGUCCACACUGUUUUGUACAAACCUUUUUCUUCUUUGUUUCUGUCACAGAUUUAUAGAAAUCGCGUAUCUGAAUCAGGAUCUAUAGAAAGUCUAUCUAUAAAUAUUUUAUAACGUUUGUGAGAUGACGAGUUUCGGUGCUCCCCCUAUGAUCCCGCCGGCUUCCCUUCAUUUGGUGCUCAGCUGUGUGACCCCCCCCCUAUUCAGAUGACGCUUCAUGUAAACUGGGGUCAUGUGAUCUUCCCGUCAACAGAGGAUGACAGCAGGGGGCGGGGGCGAGCGUUUUCUCAUCUCCAGCUUCCUGUCGAUCUCUGAUAAAGUCACAUGACAGAUGGGUGCUCUCCUUCACCUAAAACGAGGAGACGCAGCUAUUGGUGACCUCCUCUUCUGCUCUGGUUGGUUCGACUUCUACCUGAACUCCUCUGGGAGCUGCUCUGAUGGUCCAGACUCAUCCGUGGAGCCUCCGUGGGGUGUAUGUGCACGUCGGAGCGUUUUCUGGAAUGACUUCAAGAGUUUUGUAGUAAGGCGUGUGAUCGGUCCUGUGGGGGGUCAUUCGGAUUGAAACCUAUGCAGCUCUCAAGCCUUUCUCCAUCAAGUCGAUGCUGUUUACUAAAAGCCCUUCCAAAGGUCUGAACUCAGGAACCUCCCACAAUUUUCUACAAACGGCUCCAUUUUGACUUUAUUUAGUAGCUGAACGAGAACAUCUCAGGACCACCCCCCACCCCCCGGUGAGCCCCUCGGAGGCUUACGUUUGUCCGACCUCAGAUCGACUCCCACAGGCACAUACACUGUCCUCUUCAGGGAAGUCCAGCCUCAUCAGAGCGUUUUCCUCUAGAAGCUUAAAAGGCUCCAACCUUCAGCCUCGCCCUGAUCCGACAGAGGCCUGGUCUGCUGUGGUGACGGAGGGGGAGGGGGUGAGGGGGGAAGUGUUGAAGUUGGGGCAGGUUUGAGGUGCAAUAAUGGCAGACCUACUUCCAAAAGGGUUUCAUGGAAAAGUUGUUACUGUUUGAUGUUGGUGCUCUAUCCCAAGAUGUUUUCAUGAAACUCUACGUUUUUCUCUGCAUUUCAAAAUAAAACCAUGUUUUGUAAACCA